CUGAAGUAAAUACUAUUGUUCGAAUCACUACGAUUCAAAUUCCACUUCUUCCUCUUCUUCUCCGACGCGAUUUCUCCCUUUGAAAGAUCGAAGAAUCCAAGAAGAAGUUAAGAAGAUGACCGCCGGUGAAUGGAGCAUCGAUCCAUCAGCGUCGGCUCUCCACCACAAGCCCCGCCACCCGCUCCACCAGAUCGCUGAGAGCGCUACCCACAAGCUCCUCCUAAAGCAGUGGAUCAAGGAGGAGGAGCUGGUCGCCCAGCGCGUCGCCCUCCGCGAGUCGCGAGUUGACUCCGUCUGCCGCGAGAUCGCCGGACUCUACUGCGCCUUCUUCGUCUUCCACUCUCUCGUCCUCUUCCUCCUCUACUCAUCCGCCGCAGCCUCGCCCGCCUCCGCGUGCCGCCGCUCCUGGAUCCCCUGCCUCUGCUCCCUCCUUUGCUCGAUGGCGCUCGUCUGGGCCGUCCGCUAUAAGGUCGACACGGAGUGCGUGCUUGAGCGGCUGCUGGAACGGGAGCGGGAGGACGGCCUGCUGCUGGCCAAGUGCGUGGAGGAGCUGAAGCGGAAAGGGACGGAGUUCGACCUGCUCAAGGAGGUGGAUGCGCUGCGGCGGGCCAAGAGCCUGCGCGUCGAGGCCAAGGGCGGCGCCGCCAAGGUGCGCAAGUGGUCCGCCCGCGAUUUCGCCACCAUGGUUCUCCUCGCGCUCUCCUGCGGCGUGAUAGGCCUCACCAGAUUCGUACUCUGUCAGUAGGCAGCGAUCUCUGCGAAGGAUCUCCAUUAAUUCUGCAUCAAAACUUCCCCUUUUCAUAUAAAAAACAAGUUUUGCUUAGGAUUAUUUUUGGUGAUGAAAGUGAUUGCAGAACGAUGCUUGUUCUGCUGUUCUUAAUUGCACUCUUGUUCUGUAUUGACACAGCCUCAAAUUCUGAGGUGUCGCUUAAUCAGAUUAUUGUUUCAACAA